GCCCGUAGCGUGUGUCCGACCCGAGGAUCCUCAUCUCGCCUGUUGGCGCAUGCAGGUGGCACCGGACCCGCGAGAGGAUUAUGACGCUGGAAGGAGAGCUGGAGCUCAUGGAGAGGGCCGAUAUCGACUUGGAGGGAAAAGGGAACAAAGCUACACGAAACCAGGAGUAUGUAUCCUUGACCAAAGAAGACGGGACCGAUUUGGAGCAGCAAAGCGCUGCGUCCUUGUCUCCAAAACAGCCAGCGAAGGAUACGGAGGAUGACGGUGACUUUACGCCAAAGUGCACAGGGAGAAGCGCUGCCCCUGUGAAACCUCCGUACUCCUACAUCGCUCUUAUCACCAUGGCAAUUCUCCAGAGCCCGAAGAAGAGACUGACUCUGUCGGAGAUAUGUGACUUCAUCUGUCAGCGCUUCGCGUAUUACCGGGAGAAGUUCCCCGCGUGGCAGAACUCCAUCCGUCACAACUUGUCCCUCAACGACUGCUUCGUCAAAAUGCCCCGGGAGCCCGGUAACCCCGGGAAAGGGAACUACUGGACGUUAGACCCUAUGUCGUCUCAUAUGUUCGAGAACGGGAGCUUCCUUCGGCGGAGGAAACGUUUCAAACGGCAGCAUUUCCGAUUUGGGAUGAUGGACACCCGGUGCCCGCUCGAGCGCAGCAGCGUGCUCCCUGGAUUCUCCUUCUACGGGACGCACGGGAUAGGGCCGUGUCAUUUUCAGGUACCCGGUUUAGAAUUGUACCAUCACUUGGGCAGCGAACAUCAUUCGGUUUCUAACCAAAGCAUCCCACCAGUGAGCAGCAUCUUGCCCGCGCUCUCCUCACUUUUAUCAAGGAAUUCGAACGUUGUCCAAAAUACGUUUAUUCCACCUCAUUCUAUUAGCUUUGAGAAUUUCGAUACAACACGCCGCUCAGCCUCCACAGUGGGCCAAGCUUUGGUCCCGGGAUCUUCAUUUCUGUCCCCGGCCUCGCUCCAUUCGAUGGGCGCUGCGCAUCUCUUGAGCUUUCAUCCGGAGUACCACAAACUGCGCUCUCUCCCCAACUCCAGCCUUAUAGCAAAUGAACUCUUGCAGCAACUUGGUGACAAAUAGCUUAAUCAAUAGUGUUUUCUGUAUUGACGUGGAUUCAUCAGGGAAACCCACCUUUCAUAGAUUUGUAUCUAUUCAAUGAAACAAAUGCUUCAAAUAGAACAUUUUAUGUUUUCAAGAUGUCAAUUGAGUCAAAAUUUCUAACAAAAGGUUAGUGGCCAACGAAAAAAAUGUUUUGCAAUACAAAUGUGGUUUGAGGCCUUUAUUUUGUGUAAAUAAUGCUUUUAUAAUGAAAUAUUAUCAGUUGAUUUUUAACGACAUUUGGCUAAUUAUCACACAUUUGAAUAAAAAUGAUAAUUUAACACUGAAAGAAAAACAUCAAAUCAUAACAAAAAAUGUUUUGUAAUUGAACAUGUCAGAUUUAUUAUACAAUUUGUCUAGAUUCACUGAUGCAGAACCUCUCAGAAUUACCCUAAUCUCCCAUAUGUGCCUAUCUUGCCCAUGGCAAAUGUAAUCUCUAUAGGCUUACUUUGAAAAUGUUAUAUUUUGCCUAAUUUUAAAGCUAAUUAUUUUUAAGGGGAAAUGUAUUUUCCUACACUGUGGAAUCAAUAACAACACACAAAAUAUUUGGAGCGCCAACAAUGUGGAGCCCUGAAACAUAAAAACACGAGCUUUCAAUAACCAUUUGUUUUGAAAGGUGUCUGGUCUUAUUUUUGUUUAAGUUGACAAUAUUUCGUUUGAUUGACUGGCGUUAUAAUUUUACAAAUUACCAUUUGAAUAUUUUUCAUUCAGUAGCUUAUUUUAUGCCACAUUUGGCCAUGCCUGCGUGGCAUAAAAUAUGAGCUUCACCUGCUUGGGCACGCGAGUGGAAACCUUUUAAAUGUGAGGACGUCAUUGAGUUUAUUUUAUUUUACUCUUCGUGUCAACGUGUGAUUGGUUACCACACCAAUGAUUUGUUUGAAAAGCUGUACUGUAUAUGCAAGAUCUCACGGUGCAUACACGCAUAUGCCCAUUCUUCAUAUCUCAUUCGAGUGUCUCUGUGUGUGUGUCUGUGCGUGGCCUGCACCACUACAUGUGUUAAAAAGAAGGCAUUCCACAAUCAAAACUAACGCCUUCCUAUUAUAAAGGGCUACAGUUCCAAAUCCUGCAUGCUAAGUUCAACAUCUGUUUGUUCUGUAAUGUUGUUCCACGAUUUAUCAAAUGCAUCUAGAGAGAUCCAGCCUACAUUAAACAUCACAUUGUUAUAUUGA